AGUUGCUCUGAUUUGUUUCCUUGCCUACGGCGCCUUCCGAGUGCGCACGAAUUCCUGGCAAAGCGUCCAUGGGUGGCCCGAGAAGAAAUCGGGACUAAAAGUAUCUUCCAGCAGAGAGAAAGUCAGCGCUCUUCCUGGCAGGGCAGCGUUUCCAGUAACGUGAUGAAGCUCUUCCCGCUGACCUUGUGGCUCGGCUGGAGAUGCGAAUGCGCGCCAGAGCCACUGGAUCCUCCUGCCAGGCAAACGAUGGGGCAGGCGCGCUCUCGCAGCCACACGCAACUCUAGUCUAGAGUUACUAGAUGGCUAUUAAAACGGGGGGGAAAAAAAAACUUUCUUCCCCUAAUAUGGUAACAGGAAAUGGGCGUGACUUCGGCCUGCUGUAGGGUGGGGAAGCCUGAACAGCAGGCAGUUGUGCUGAUGAAGUAGAAGAGCUGGUUUUACUUCUGUUGCAGAGCCGAAGUGCGUUUUUCUUUUUCUCCCCCCUCCUCCUCCUCCUUCGGCAGGCGGCUGCUCCAGUUUCCUUACUUGAGAAUUGUGCAACGUCUUGCUAUCAAGAAGGGAAGGGAAGGGAGGGGAGAGGGGAAAAAAAAAAAAAAAAGACCCAGCUUCCUCUGCUGCUGCAGUUGUUUGCCGCCUUCGUCGCUACAGUUCUCCACCUCGCUCGGCCCCCCCUUUCUGUUCCCCAAGCUGUGAUCUCAAAUCUGUGACUCAGAGACUUGCAAUCCUGACACCGCAAAGUGCGGUUGGCGGAGAAGGCGACUAGAACCGGGGUUUUUUUUCCCCGCUUGGAGCAGGUACGCUGCAGGACUCUUGCGCAGGAAGCAAAUUGAGCGAGCGAGAGAGGCGAAGCCACUGCAAGCGAUACUCGCCGACGCCAGUCUCUUCCCCCCCCCCACUUUCCCCAAAACUUUCUGGUUUCUUUUCAAGUAGCCUUUAGAGAGCUCUCUUGGCGUUUGGUUGAUUGCCUGGAAUUUUUUUUCUUUUCUUCCUUUUUGGCCGGGGAGGGGAUUACAAUCUACGAGAGGACUGAAGGAAAGAGAGAUGGGGGAACGAACCUUUUAAUCUGCUCCAGGAAAACACAGAGGGAGUGAAACCGUUGGAUCUUGGCAUCCUUUUAAGUUACAAAUUGGGACCCACCACCCCUUCCAACUCUGCAUGGAUUAGCAAGAGGAGAGCCCUCUGUUGGCUUCAUACGUUCUACCUUCCGUUCUGCUCUUGAGUUUGCAAUGGGUUGGUUGCUGAUCUGACUUUAAGAGGCGCCAAAUCAUGAGUCUUCAGGCUCAGCCAAAGUCUUCAAAUAAAAGAGCUGGAAAGCGGGUUGCAUUUUUUAGUGAGCAAGAUGCUCUCCUGAAAGAAGCUCACCAGCAGCAGCAACAGCAGCAGCUAAAAGAAGGACAGUAUUAUGGUCAUGGAGGGAAUGUGCCUCCCACCCAGUCCAUGGAGCUGACCAAGGCUGGGGUUUUCAGCAGCGUUCCCAGCAAUGCUGCAUUGCUGAAUUCAAUGUAUCAGGACAGAGGGGAGGUGAGGAUGACACCCCAGCAAUUGGCUGCUGUCAAGUGGCAGAAUUCCCUAAUGGGAAACCGGCUACCUGAGCGAAGUGAGGCAAAUUGGCAGCCUCAGCCCGGAGGGUGGAACCAUGGCAUAGUUUAUGGUGGCAACCAGAAAGGAGGACAUCCUAAUGCCAGCAUCACAGAUUAUUAUGGCCACCCAGAUGCCCUGAAAAGAAACAGGGAGAAAGGGGGAGUGGUAUCACAGCUGAACUUGUAUGGAGAUGCUGUCCAGCAGAUGUUGUCCCAAAAGGCCCAGUUGGAACAGCAAGCAUUGGCCAGGCAGCAAGCCCAGAUGACCUCUUUCCAGCAAAUGCAGCAGCAGCAACAGCAGCAGCAACAGCAACAAAAUCAAAGCCUCUCUUUGCAACCUUUUCAGCUGGCUUUUGGUCAGCAGGGCCAGAAGCAGGGUCUUCCUGAGUUAUUGCAUGUUCUUCAACAGGCUCCCACAUCUUCCAGCCCAGCUUUUACUGCCCAGCAGAAACAGCAAGCUCUUCCACAGUUGCAGCUGUUUGAAAACUAUUAUUCCCAACAGCAGCAGCACCAUCACCACCACCAACAACAACAGACAGGAGUGCAGACUUUUGGCCUUCAGCAAUCGGCUUCUAUGCCACAGUCACAUCUGGGAGCAUCCCCUCAGUCUGUUCAGCAUCAUAUGGUUUCCCAUCAGUUCCACCCAGUUUCUGAGAGGAAUCAGGAGUUGCUGAAGGCUCUGACAGAGCAGAACCCCCAGGCGGUUCUACCACAGGCACAAAUCAAUCUCCCAAGGAGAUCACGCAGGCUCUCCAAGGAAGGUGUCCCACCAGUACCUUCUGGAGAAGGAACACUGGUCUCCAAGACAGUUGAGGAUUACCCUGGGAACAUUGUGCCAACCCACCCCUGGCCAUCACAGCAACAUCCGGAAGUCCAGUUCCAACCUCAGUCUGAAAUGUUCAGUCACAAAGAAAGUUAUUCGCAACUAGGUAGGGCAGAACUAGAGCGUAGGGAUAUGCCAUCGGGGAGUCAACCGAGCCAGCCUGACAUGGAGAUGAUGGGCAUGUAUGAGAAUGCGCAAGAAGCAGGAAAACAGGUGGCUGCCGCUGAUGGCAUUGGUCCGAGAACAAACGACUUUGGUGCAGUUAGAGGAGGAGUCAUCCAGAGUACCCGGAGGAGACGGCGUAUUUCUCAAGAGGCCAACCUCUUAACUCUGGCUCAGAAAGCUGUUGAGUUGGCUUCUCUUCAGAAUAUCAGGGAACCUGAAAUGUCAGAAGAAAAAAACAAGAGUGAGGCAACAGCUGCUGCACCAAGGAGUGUUGUAGAAUUUGCCAGCUCUUCCCCAGCCCCAAAGAGAAUCCGGGAGGAUAAUAGCCAUGUGCCUCUCAUUAUUCCAGUGUCUGUACCAGUGAAGAAGCUGGAUGCUCAAGAUAUCACCAGGGAAAAGGGCGAGGAUGGGAAGCAGCAGCGGUUCUCGGUUAAUGAUCAUGGGAUUGCAGACAGCAAGCCUUCUGUGAUUGUCACCCGGAGGAGGUCCAAUCGUAAUUUGAAUAUGGACUCAUCAGCUCAGCACGAAGGCGCCGCUCCAAAAGAAGUGGAUGGUUUUGCACGGAAGCCAAAGCAACGACCAAGACCAGAACCUCUUUUCAUACCCCCCAAAGCUGGCACAUUCAUUGCUCCACCAGUCUAUUCCAAUAUCACACCGUACCAGAGCCACUUGCGUUCACCUGUCCGUCUAGCGGAUCACCCUUCCGAUAGGAACUUUGAGCUACCUCCUUAUACUCCCCCGCCCAUUCUCAGCCCAGUACGAGAGGGCUCAGGACUAUAUUUCCAUGCUUUCCUUUCUGCUACCGGCAAUGCAGUUCCACCUCCAAUGACUCCAAAAGCUGCUCACAGGACCCUACUCAGAUCUAACAGUACAGAAGCCACCCCUCCUGUCCUCUCAGUAAUGGGAGAGUGCACUCCCGUCAGCAUUGAACCGCGGAUCAAUGUGGGGUCUCGGUUUCAAGCAGAAAUCCCACUGCUUCGAGAUCAAUCUCUGGCAGCUUCCGAUGUGGCCAAGGAGCAGUUGGUGUGGCAGCCCUGGGAGGAACUGGAAAAUAAUCCAGCAAUCCAGGAGAAUGUGGACAACCUGAUAACAGCGGCAUGUUCAAGCAUAUUUCCUGGAGGUGGUACCAAUCAAGAGCUGGCAUUUCACUGCUUACAUGAAGCAAAAGGAGACAUCGUGGCUGCUUUGACCAAAAUGCUGCUGAAGAAAUCGGUGCAUCCUCUGAGCCACCCGCUGGAAGAUUACCACUACACUGGGUCAGACAGCUGGAGUGUGGCUGAGAAGAAACACUUCAAUAAGGGAAUUGCUAUCUAUAAGAAAGACUUCUUCCUUGUCCAGAAACUUAUAAAAACCAAGACUGUAGCUCAGUGUGUGGAAUUCUACUAUACUUACAAAAAACAAGUCAAAAUAGGCCGGAAUGGGACUCUCAUCUUUGGGGAUGUUGACGCUACCACUGAAAGAGCUGUUAAAGAUGAAGCUGAAGUAGAUAUAAAGAGUUCCCACAGGCUUACACGUACUCUUCCUCCCAGAACAUACAAUGAAGACUAUGAAAACACAGAAGAUGAAGAUCUUGAAGAAGUUGAGGACAUCAUGCCAAUUAAAGAGGAAGCUGUAGAAGGGGAUGAGUUGUAUGGCAAAAGCAGCAAUUUCACACCUUCCAAAUCGACUCCUCUUCGAGAUGUUGAGGAACAAGCUGGUAAUCUUCAUAUGGAAAAACAUCUGGAAUCUGGUGCCCCAGGAAGAACAGAGGUCAGAGGCAGAACAUCAAGAAGGACGAAGGAGACACCCAUUAAAUAUCGGAAGACUUCACCACCAGUGCAAAAGAGAAGGAGAAAACCGAAACCCAAACAAGAAACUGCCAACAAAACCCAGAAUCAAGAGGAGGAAUUUCCAUGUAAAAAAUGUGGCAGAAUCUUCUACAAGGUGAAAAGUCGGAGCGCUCACAUGAAAAGCCAUGCCGAGCAGGAGAAAAAGGCUGCAGCUCUGAAAUUGCGGGAGAAGGAGGCGGCAGAGGCGGCGGAGGCAGCGGCGGCAGCAGCACAAGCACACAGUAGGGCUCAGCAGGAAGAAAGCAGCAACAGUGGGAGCAGUCAUGGGAGCAGCAGCAGCAGUUCGGAUGAAGAUGGUGAUGUUUAGCCCAGGACCCCCAGAGACUGAAAGCCCUGUUCUGACUGCUCCAGCCUUGUGUCUACUUCCUUUCCUUCUUGCUUGAACCGUACCGGUAGAUUUUUUAAACGAAAAAAAAAAAUAUAGUGACCACAAAAAUCUCUAUUUUUAAAAGAAACAUUUUAUGGAUUAUUUUAUUUAUAAAUAACUUUCUGUAUCAACUUAAUGAAUGGAAGUCUGUUUUCCUUCAGCUCCUGAACUUGCCAGGAAUCGUGGCAAAAGCCUUAAAUAUCUUACCCUCUGCUGAGAGAGAAAUUUGUCAAAUGCUCUGGAUAGUAACUGAAUUACUUUGGGUGUAAAUUCAAGGAGCCACAUAGUGUUCUUCAUAUACUUCUUUUCUUUCAUCUCCAAGUUUACUUUCUGGCUUGGAGCUAUUCACGGUUUCUUUUGUCUCCUUCAUACAAGAGUUUUUUGUUUCUCCAGUUGGUAGAUAAACCAGAACCAGAAGUGAGAACUUCUCUAGGGUGAAUGAAGAGACUAUUGCUUUUAAGAUAUAGCUCUUUAAGAGUGGAAAUAUUAUAGUUAGUGUUUGUUUGGAACUACCCCUAUUAUGUUGAGUCAUAGAAAGUUGAUCACGUAUGUCUCCAGAGUUGGCCAAAAGAAUUAGUGAUGAGUUCUGGGAUAUUGCACAUCUGUAGUUCUGUGGUAAAAACAAACUUUGCUUGCACAAGUACCCAUGUAUGAUUUUGGGUUAAUGAGAUUGAGAUAGAAUCCUGCCCAAAUUAUUAAAGAGCCACAAUUAUGAGAAGAUGACCUUUUAUCCAUGGCAUUAUUCUGCUGGGGGAUAGCAUUCAUUCAUCAGAGUCCAUUUGCAAUAACCAUUCUUAUUCCAAGCAUCUGAGCAUGUAGAUCAGGGGUGUCAAACUCACGUUGUCACGUGACAUAUCAUGACUUUUUCCCCCCUUCGGUAAACCGGGCGUGGCUGUGGUAUACAGCUGGUAUACAGUUUGAUACUGUAGCCCAAUGGAUUAGAUAACUAGUUGUCCACCAUGAAAGUGCAUUAUUUUUACCUGAAUAGACUUGAGUGUAGUUUUGCUUAAUUGUCCAUUUGAAUGCUUCAACUGGCUUACAAAAGAGUAGCUGCUAAUUUUUAAAACAGUUAUGAUAUUUAUUCCCUUUUUUUAAAAAAAAGCAUGGUUUGCAAAGGUAGACUGAGUAUACUCAAGAUAAUAGAAAUAAGGAUCAUGUUGCAUUGAUUCAUAUGUAUUUGCAGCCUCAGGACUACCCUUCGGUUGAGGUAUUUGCCAACUAAAUGACAGUUUCAUUUAGAUGUUCUGCACUGUACUCGGGCCCAGAUAUCCGGAGUCAAGAAUACCAAAUGUGCGGGGAAAAAGAAAAGUAUUUAGAAAUGGUGCACCAAGCCAAAUUUAUCUAAGAACUUUGUCCUUCUGCAUCAAGCAGCAAGUAUUUGCAAUUAUCUUAAUACUUAUGGACGGUUAUCUUCACAUUGCUACAGUAAAAAGCAACUUUCUCUCUGUCUGGCAGUACAAAGAAAAGGAGGGUGCAGCAGAGGACAGAAAAAGAAUGCUUAGCAGAUAAAGAUGGGGCACCUAAACUGCUUGCUUAUAACUUUCAAAUUCUCGUGUCCGCAGAAAAUACAGUGCUUAUUCAGCUGUAAAUGGAAAAGUCCUGAAAAAUAAGUCUUCUACAGCCACAGGGGCCAUGAAAGCAAGGAAUUGCAUUAAUAAUCUGCAGAAGAACCUUUAUUGAAUAAACCAUGCUAGGAUUGUUCUCCAGCAGGGUUUUUUUUCUUCUUCUAGAACCGAUUCAAGACUCAAGUUUCUAGAAGUUUACUUAGAAAUGUAUCGAAAAGCUAGAAGUUUUAAAUUUGAUUCCCAACCACAGAAGAAGAUUGAAAGUCUCUUGGACAAAGGGCAAAUCACAGAGUGAUUUGACAGCAAGCCAAAGUUGGAUUGCCCCGACAACUAGAUGGCAAUUAAUCCUACCAGCUGCUGGAUAUAUUUUGCCUGCUAAGCUACAUGAACAGCAUAAUUUUUUAUGGAGCAACUUUUACUAUAUAAGAUUACUAGUACAGCUACAAGACAUUACAUAUUUCAAAUACUUCUAUUUCAUAGCACACAAAACAAAACCACUAUCGGAAUAUGCAAAGAAAUUGCAUUUUGAAUGUUGAAAAUAAGUUUCAGCCUUCUUUCUUAACAUGCUAUGCUAGUUGUGGAUGAAUGCUGAAAUUGACUAUCCCUUACUUGCAAUCCCAGGAGCCAGUCAUGUGAACCUGUUCUUUGAAGAAUAGAGCAGAUACUUUGCAUGCAAGAGGUCUCUGUUUGAGUUCAAGAUUAGCCAAUAAUAGAGCUAGGAAGGCAAUCUGUUAGAGGGGAUGUUCUCAGGCCAUUGUUGCGGCUUAAUACUUACUGAGCUAAGUAGACCGUGUAAUGCAGGAGUGUCAAACUCUUAUUUCAUUGAGGGCCGCAUCAGGGUUGUGUUUGACCUCGGGAGGUGGGCAUGGCCAGAAUAGGUGUGGCCAGCUUGAUGUCACUUGUGUCAGGGGCGUCUGUUAAUUGCUCUGCUAGCAAAAACUGGGCUUCCGAGCUCUGUUUUCAGCUGCGGCAGCCCUCUGCCGAACUCUGCCAAUGAAAACGAAGCCCCCGAGCUCCAUUUUCACUGUCAGAGGGCAGCAGGAGGCCGUCGCAGCUAAAAACAGAGCCCGGGAGGGCUGCAGGAGGCCCUCCCAAGCUCUGUUUUUGCUGACAGAGGCACUGCGGGCCAGUCCUUUGCUGUUUCUAGGAUGGCCCCGCAGGCCAGAUCCAGUCCCCGGGCCUUGAGUUUAACACCCCUGGUGUAAUGUACAGGAUUUUUUUUAAAAGGUUCAGGGUCUCAUAAUGCAGAAUAUUUGCCUUUAAACCUUUUUCUCCCUGUAACAUAUGGACAAUGCCAAUCUGCCUCUAAAGUGAGUUCUUCCAGUGUGUUUAAAAAGCAGCCUUCAAUUAAAGGUAAUUACUUUCUUUUUAACCUGCUUCAGAGCUACAAUUAGAGCUUCAAGAAUGUCCACUAUUUUUGCACUGGGUCAAUGAUGUUUUCCUUCCAGAUCACAAUUUUGCACAAAUUUUAGCUUUUAAUACAUAAUAUAAUGAAGUAAAAGCAAUGCAACCAGGCUUUUGACCGCAUUUUCAAAAACGGUUGGUCUCAAUCAUGUUUUCCUUUGCACUUAGACUGUGUGAAUUCCAGCCCAAACAAGAAAAUUAUCUUGUUCAAAUAAUUCAUUCGAGAUCUUGAGAAAGGUAACAUUUGCUUUCCCAACCGUUCAGAAAAGAGAAGAGCGUUGCUGCCUUGAAAGUCAGCAUUAAAUGUAAUCAAUGUCAUAUGUUAAGAGAGAAUAUAUAUAUAUUUUGGAAUGAACAAAGUAUCCAAAUGGUAUUUUUUAGCAAGAAAAAAGGGAUUACAAAAGUAUUUUGUUCCUGGGUGGAACAUGUUCUUCCCAAAUAUAAUCGCUACAAUCCAGCACAGAUGCACUUUGCAAUUCAUUGUGUGGCAUUUUGUAGCUAUUAAAAGACUUAUAAAUAGGAUUCCUUAAAAUUGUAUUUAUAUCUAAUCAGUAAUAAUGCAUCAGUGAAGUGGGGAGUUAAGUGAUAAAAGCCAGGAAAUGCUGCCUUGCUCCCCUUUUCUGAAGCUGGGCAGAAGCAGGAAUGGUGACUAGAUAGAAUAUGUUCUAGAAUCAGCCUACGGCUGAUGAGCAGGAAGGUCAUGUCCUGACCUGAGAUUUAUUUCAGUGGUCAUGGCACUAUGCUGAAGAUUUGUAUAUAUGUACGUUAAACACCUGUGAUUUCGAGGUGCAUGCUUACACUAAAGGUGUGUCUGAAUUGAAGUCUCGUUAUAGAACCAGCUUGUUUCAACAGUGGGUAGAGAGUCACCAGUGGCAAGUUAAUUGCUGGGUGCAAUAUACUAGCUCUACAAUUUUAAUUGAUCUCAUAAUAAUCAGUCCAGAUAUUGGAGCUCUUCUUCUUCUUCCUGAUUACUUUUGUAGCCCAAAUGUAUUUUCUACUUUCUUUCUACUUAAAGUACACUCUUAACUAAUCUGGAAUAUCCCGUUUCUGAUUAUUAGCCAGUACAUAAAACUCAUUAGUUUUCUUAUACCAAGGUAACUUUAGGUGAGAGAACCAUUAUAAAUCCACAGAUUUUCAUUUUGCACAAUGUUACCUGUCCAUUCUUCCUCAGAUACUUUCAUAUUAAUAAGCUUCCCUAUUAUGCAGAGAUCUUUUUCUUACUAAAGACAGUAGAUGGAUUCGCACAUUGCAUUAAAUUCACAGUUGCUUUGGUUAGGGAGUUGAGUGGCAUAUACAUUUAAUCAAUAAAAUGAAUGUUUAUUUUAAAUACAAUUGUUUAAACACGAGAAGUUAAAAUUAGCCUUGUAAAUGAGCAAAGUUAUGGCUUAUUCAUCUAAUUCUUGAUUUAUUUCUUCUUCAUUUUAUUGUUUUCUUGCCCUAUAACUUCAUGAAAUGCUUAAAAGAAUACACAAAUAAACCAGGGGCAUGUCAGGAAAUCACACAUAAACCAUGCAUGAUUAUUUACGCAUCACAGUUCCUAGGUUGCUACUAGUAGGUAAACAAUCAUAUCAUAGUUUUAAUGCGAUGUGUGAGAUCAGCAGCUAUAUGCAAACCUAUGUUAGAUUCUUACGAUAAAUGUACAUGAAUAAACAUGGCUUGAAUUUUUUUUAUUUCCUGCUCAUAAUGUAAAAUGUAUGGCAUUUAAGACACUGAAUACUCUACUACUCAGCUGCAGCUGAUAGACCUAUUAUGAAAUAACUUUAUAUUGCAGGUGUAAUCAACAUUAAUAGAAGAAUACUUCAUUUUGAAACACUUUGAUACGGUAGAUGCUGUAGUUUCCCAAUACAUUGCAAUUACUUUACAUCAGGCACAACUAUAUUAAAGGUUCUGACAGCUUGAUUGGUAAUGCUGAAAAAAGGGAGUUGGAAGCCCUUAAUAUGUGCAUUUAUUUUCUAUGAUUGCUACAUUUGCAAAUGAGCAAUUGUUACUAAUACACGGCUGGAUAAUUUCAUUUAGAAGCUGUGGGCUUAAAUUCAGUGCACUUCUAGUGAUCUAAUCCAUGCAGUUUUCUUGGCAGAAAUACCAAAGUGAUUUUCCAUUCCCAUCUUCUGGAAUGCUAGUUCAACAUUCCAAUCCAGUAUUAACUAUGAUCCAACCUUGCUUAGAUUUGGAGAUCAACAAAGAUUAGCUAGGGGUGAGGUUCUUUUGUUCUCAUUGAGACUUCUGAGUGGACAUGAGCGUAAGAUAGUUGAAGAUGCCAAUUAAAGUUCCUUUAGUCAUCAGUCAUCUUUAAAACUAGUUUUAAUUAGGCUGUCCCUCCCUUUGCAUAAUCACUAAAUCUCUGAUGUAGUUGGAGAACUGCAAUUUAACAUUUUGCUUGCUUUACUCAUAUAUUCUGACCCGUUUUCCCAUUUUUUUGUUGCUUUAUGCUUGCCAGAAUAAUAGUGUGGAAUAAUGUACUACUCAUGUCUGGAAAAUGUUGCUGUUUCCUCCCUCGCCCAAUUUAUAAAUGUUUGCAUCCUAAUAUUUCCCAGUGUGCCUCUACUCUCUUCUCAUAUAUAUGGCCUUCUGCUGUGACUCACUGGCUCAAUUUUUUUCAAAAGAAAUGGAAGCUGCACAGAUGCUUCUCUUCCUUCCCCUCCCCCGAUCAAUUAUAAUUUUAAUCCCAUGUAUGUUACAGUGCUGAAUUCUUCCAGAGCCAAGUUUGGUGUUCAUUUCAGGGAACUGCAGAAUUUCCUGCCCAAAUUGUAUAGAAAUGAGUGAAGUUUGAGACAGGUUGUGGCCCUAAUCUCCAGCUGCUUACAUUUCUUUUUUGUCUCUCUCCUUUCCUUUUUGGAAUGUGAGAUUUUAUAUCAACAGCUGAAGCUAUAAAAAUCUCCCACCUGCUUGUAUUCAUAUAAAUUUGUGCGAGACUGUGUAUAUAUGUAUGUAUGUAUGUAUGUAAAAUAACAAUGUGCUUUCAAUAUGCUUUGUUGAAAGAAAAUCUAGUUGCAUAUUUACGUUUCAUGUUAUUCUCCUGAUGUUCAAAUUUAGUAUAAGUUUUUUAGUCUGUAUUUAAUGCUGAAGUUUUCUUGAUGUACAGUACAGAAACUGUCUUGUUUUCUUGUAAUUAUUGUAUAAAUGCUUUUAAUAUAGAGCUUUUAUUUUAACAAAUGAGCAGAAAUUGCCUUUUGUGUAUUUGCUGCACCUUUUAAAAAGACUGUUACAUAUUAAAAUAUUGUACAUACGAAAGUAUUAUAUACCUCUUGUGUAUAAAUGUGAUAGAUCAGACAAUUUAUUUUUGUGUUUUUUUUACAAACUAUUAAUACACUAAAAGUCUUGAUGUGAUUUAAUGUACUUGUAACUUAUUUACUUCUGGAGGUUCCAUUAUAUCUUUUUAAACCUUUUUUUAAUUAAAUAAGGUUUAAAAGCAGCUUUUGUAAUAAGUUCUUUUUUUAAUUUAAUGUUUUGAAAUAAGAGGGUGUUCUUUUUCUUUCUUUCUUGACUACCAUGGUGCAUUUCUGCCUGGUGUAAUUAAAUAAGAUGUGUGUGCUGCAAA